AUGUCCGAGCUUGCAAGGUUUUGUGGAGAGGCGAUAAAGGAAGACCUUAAAGAAGGAACAGCAGAAGUGCUGGUUGACUGCUACAAAUUCUACCUCACGUCUCAAUGCGGCAGCGGUGGCCCUGGCCGUCGGGCAGCUAUGGUGGCGAGAAAGCUAGGGCGUCCCCCAGAAGCGAUGCGCAUUGUCCUCGCCCGGGCAAUGUGGCAAAUAUGCGAGGGCUACCGGCUAGAGGACGAAGCCGGCCAAAGAAAAAACGCCGUGUUGACAUAUGCUGUGUACAGACUAUCGGAUCGCCUGAUGGCUGUAAGAGUAGACACGGGAGAUGUGGAAUAG